AAAAUAUUCCUACGCAACUUUACUAAAAGAAAUAAUUCGCGUAAUCUUGUAGCAAAAAACGCAGAAAAAUUCAUCAACAAAUUCUCCAAUGAUGUUGCUUCAACAACCUUUCUUCCUAUCCCGACAAUGCAAAACCGUUACGUGAGCAUUUCUCCUGGAUAUGGCAUUUUUGGAUCAGCAAAAAUUGAUGAACCGCAAUUCGCUCCGCAACCAUUACCGCAACAAGUACCGAAUUCAAUGCACAUAGUUCAGUCUAUCAAUGCCAUACCUUAUCAGUUAUACAUUCCGCAGAAUCCAAUUUUCAGUGGCUUACCAAAAGCGCCAGUUCAGAACAUACAACCAUUAAACGCUCAUGCAUCAACGUUUGGUUUAGAAUCAGAUAGAAAAUAUUGCGGUAGUAGCAAUGGUAGUGGAUGUCAGAGUUGUAGUAAUGGAUUUGCUGCAGGAUGUUUACCUUGCUGUUUAUUACUUCCUUGACAAUUGGAUGAAGGGCAAGAAAAUGACAAACAAACGGGUGUGACAGUGGUAAUGGCACUAUUAGUAGUGACUUCUUCGAAUAUUCGAAAUCGUUUCGGUGAAUUCAAAAGACCAUCUCAAUCGCCUAUAUUGCAUAUCCCGAAGAGACGAAUCAUUUCAAUGCAUAAUUUUUGGAUAUUGCUUGUAUUUUUUAUUGAUGGAAGAGCUCAGUUCCAACAUAAUCAGUUUCGACGGUACACUUGCGUAAUAAAAAAUGACAAAGAGCCAUCUGAUUGCAUGUUGAUGUUCAAGAAUGACAUUGAGAGGACAACAAUCAAUGAUAGCGGCUGUUUUACAGAGAAAGAUGCAACACGGAAUCAAAUUCUGACAUAUUGCCCACUUCAAUGUCCAGAAGCUGAAUCAGCUUAUGUGAUGUUGAAGCGGCCCUCAAACAAUAACAAAUGUUUGGCAUUUUUUACUUAUAAUGUUGCACAACGUAAAAAUGAUUGGUUCUUGUGGCGAUCCGGAAAGUGUCUCUUUGAAGAAAUACAAUUCGAUAUUGGUUGCACAUUUCCAUUUAAGAAGAAUAUGAAUUCGAAUGCAAUUAAGCAAAACAUAAAAUUCGCAGAAUAA